AUGUCCGCCGCCUCCAAAGCCACCAUCGCCCUCACCUCCCUCUCUGCCAUCGGCAUCGUCAUCUUCGUCCACUACGGCCAACACGCCGAACGCUCCGUCAUGCACCAGGGCGUCAUCCGCGACCUCGAGCAACAGAAGCUCAAGGCCGAGCGGCAACUGGACUUCGAUAUGCAGAGAGCGCUGGAGAAGGAAUAUAAGAAGGUUCAGGACGUGCAGGAUACGACGCAUCUGGCACCGGCACCGAAGACGUAG